AGAAAAAGUUUUAUCUUUAAUUUUAGUUGGCAUCAGCGGCAAGUGAUAUCAAUUUAGUCAACAAUAUGGCAGCCGCCAAUAAAAGUAAUGUGCCUCAGCUCUCUAAAUGGCAAUUAGCUUUACUUAUUGGAGUAGGAACACCAGUCGCAUUUGGGAUUGCGUACUGGUAUCUUAAGAAACGAAAAAAUCAAGAAGGUUCUGAUUUGUCUUGUGAAGAUAUUUAUGAACAAAACAAUGAUACCAACACUAGAAAACCAAACCUCUUUAACAAGUCGAAUUCUGUUAAAAAGGACAAUCCUAAGGUUCCUGAGACUCCUUAUGAGAAAGCAAAAGCUUUUAAAGAUAAGGGUAACAAAUUAUUUAAAGAAGGACAGUUUGAUAAAGCAAUUGAAUGCUACACCUCAGCAAUUGAAAUGUGUCCACCUGACCAUUCUGAUGAUUUAGCUACAUUUUAUCAAAAUAGAGCAGCUGCAUAUGAGAAUUUAAAAAACUUUGAAGCAGUUAUAAAUGAUACUACAAAAGCCUUAGAGCAUAAUAAAACAUACUUAAAGGCUUUAUAUAGGAGAGCUAAAGCAUACGAAACUACUGCCCAACUCCACAAAUGUUUAGAGGAUGUAACUGCUCUGUGCAUGUUUGAUGCAUUUAGAACUGAAGCAUAUUUAAAGCUUACUGAUAAAGUUCUAAAGGAUUUGAGUAAAAUUGAAGCAAAAGAAACUUUCAGUAAAAGAAUUCCACGCCUGCCAUCCAAGCAUUUUAUACGUCAUUACUUUAUUUCAUUUAGUGAAGAUCCUAUUAUGAAAUCUGUAGAGGAAUAUAAAAAGCAGAUGAAGGAAAGAAAUCCAUCUGAAUUGAGUGGUUUUAGACUAGUCAUUCAUCAUUUUGCUGAAGAAAAAUUUGAAGAAAUUAUGCCAUGCUGUGAUGUUGAAAUUGAGAGGAAAGGUCCAGAUAUGGCUGAAGCAUUAUUAGUUAGGGGUACUUUCAAACUUCUUCAAGGUCAAAUCAGUGAUUCUUUAAGUGAUUUAAACCAACUACUUGCUUUAGAAAGUGUUGAUGUAAAGGUGAGAGUAAACUGCCUUAUUAAAGUAGGCUCUUUAAAAGUUCAACAAGAACAAAUGGAGGAAGCCUUAGAAGAUUUUAACAAAGCUAUCCAAUUAGAUCCAAAUAAUGCUGAUAUUUACUUACAUAGAGGACAAGUAUAUGUGCUUAUGGAACGAAUUCAGGAGUGUUUGAAAGACAUGGAAAAGAGUUGUUCUCUGAACCCUAAUUUCCCAUCUGCAAGAGCACAAAAAUGUUAUAUACAGUACCGUUGCGGAAUUCAAUUCAAUGAUGAAAAUCAAAAAGCAUCUGCUUUCAAAGGUUUUGAUGAAAUUGAGAAAAAUUUUCCUCUCUGUUCUGAAAGCUACUUCCUCUAUGCUCAGGUUUUGAUUGAAUGUGGUGAAUAUGAAAAAGCAGAGAAAUAUUUUAAAAAAGCUGGAGAACUGGAUCCUAAUGACCCUAAUGUGUUUGUGCACCAAGGUAUUCUAGCCCUUCAGUGGAAAGAAGAUGUUGAUAAAGCUCUUGUUCUUUUCAACAAAGCUAUUGAAAUGGAUGAUAAAUGUCAAUUUGGCUAUGAAACAUUAGGAUCUGUUGAAGUCCAAAGGGGAAAUAUAAAGAAAGGUUUAGAACUCUUUGAGAAGGCUGUUGAAGUUGCACAUACUGAAACUGAACUUGCUCAUUUGUAUUCACUAUUGUUGGCAGCAAAAGCUCAGGCUAAAACAGCUGAGAGUUUUGGAUUUAAUGCAGGCUAAAUUACAUCAUACAUUAAAGUAAUGAACAAAUUUAUAGGUGUACAAAAUAAUACUAGUUUAUUUUUCAAUCAAAUACGAAUUUUUCUUUAUAUUGUACAUCAAGAUUUUAGCCAACUUUGCACUGGAAAAGAAAGCAGUUGUAAUAUAGUGCUGUUACAUUUUGAUUUAAUAUUUUGUGAUUAGUUCCUGUCCUAAAUUCAAAGCAAUAAUUUAGUUGAAUUAUUGUUAAAAAUGGUGUCAAACUAUGAAUUGUGUUGUAAAAUGAAAGGAAAUUAAAUGUUCGCUUUACUGUUUA